GGAAUGACUUUUAGUGUAAACAUAAUGUUAUCUCUGUUCUUUUUUAGUACAUAAUAAUUCCAAAAAAUGCUACGAAAUAAUAUGUUUAAAUUAAAUGUCCUUUAAAUAGCCGAUGAAAUUUUUAUAGUUUGCUAUCAAUAUGUUGAAACGUUUGAUAUUCACAAAAUGUGUUCAUGAUAAUAUAUGUUCUAUUUUUACAUAAUUAUCCCUCAAUUGGAAAAAGAAAAUGAUUUGGACAAAGGUGUUAUCAAUAUGACUGAAAAGAUAUUGCCUUUGGUAAAUUGCUCUGAUGGAUCUUCAAUACCUACAGUAAAUUGGUGUGACAGGAAUUUUGACUGUUUAGACUAUACGGAUGAACUGUCUUGUCAAAUUUCUACGAAAGAUCACAAUCUCACGAGUAUUGGCAGAACAAUGAUAAAGAUUGAUUUUCCACAAAAACUGCAACCAGGGGCAUACUUCAACUGUGAAAAAAGCCUGGAAUGGAUAUCUAUGCUUGCUAAAUGUGAUGACGUCAUUGAUUGCCUUGAUGCUUCGGAUGAAGUCACUUGUUCUCAAAGCAGUAUUGCAUGCGAUGACAACACAUUCUCAUGUGAUGGCGGAAAUUGUAUAAAAUUAAGUCAAGUGUGCGACUUUAUACAGGACUGCACGGAUGGAACGGAUGAAUUGUGUGAAUACCAAUCGUGUGUUGAGGACGAAUUUCGUUGUGAAAAUAAACAAUGUAUUCCGUCGAAGAAACGAUGUAAUGCUAAAUCUGACUGUUACGAUAAAAGCGAUGAACUUGAUUGUGAUUCCUGUAAAGAAUCCUUUCUCUGUGCUGAUGAUUAUAAAUGUAUUCCUCAUCGACUGACGUGUGAUGGCUACUCUGACUGUAGGGAUAGAAGUGAUGAAUUAUCUUGCUACGUCAAGCCUCCAGUUUCUGGAGAUUUCAAUAACACAUACAUAUGGUUAGGGGAACAAAAGCUUAAAUUAGGUAAUGUAGAUAUUAUUUGGAAGCUCACAUCACUAGGAUACGAAUCUGGGAGAAUCACCUUUUCAAGUAACUCGAUAUUUCUUACUGAAAACGAAUUUUUGCACUCAGGAUAUUCUUGUUUUAUUAAGGUAAAAACAGAUUGUAGUUUUAAGUUUCGUGAAGCUGCCCUUGUAGACAAUGUAGACAGUAAUGACUUUGCGUAUCCGUUCUGUGACUGCACAAUAGAUACAUUAAAAAAUAACAGAGUUGAAUUUGACAGCUUUGAUUUUGUUUCGGUGACAAGAUGCGAUGGAAGUGAAAUAACAGACUUACAUGCUGUUAAAGAAAGUUUUUAUUCUAAAACACUUCGACAUUUUAGUGUGUAUCAUCGUCCGACAAGUGCUUUCUUGCGCCAAACAUAUAUACCAUCGUAUUGCACUAACGAGUACAAUGCGACCGUAUUUGGUGAAUUUUUUCAUUGUGAAAGAGACGGCAAAGCAAUAUCAGAGUCGUUGGUGUGUAUUUAUGCCGAAGACGAAAGCGGUUACAUGACUGGCUGUAGAUCUGGAGAACAUUUACAAAAUUGCGAACAAUUCACUUGUCCUGCAAAAACUGUCAAGUGUCCUGGAAGUUACUGUAUUGAACAGAGAUUUUUGUGCGAUGGACAUAUUCACUGUCAAGGAGGAGAAGACGAACAAGAUUGUACUUGCAUUGACUCGGAGAGAGAAGUAAUCUUAUUUGUUGAAGAUGGAGAUUCGGAGACAACAGAAGCAGCAAUGCAUUUGGCUAAACAACUAUUCACUAGCAAUUACAAUAGUAUUGUUAGAUUAUUUUAUUUUAGGAGUCUGUACAGAUCAAUUAAAUUUGACAUUACAUACAGAUUGUUGGAAAUAAAAGAAAAACACUUUAAUCAAUACCAGGUGCCUGAAUGCAAGUAUAAAACAAUGGCAAGAGACCUUCUUAAACAAUUGCACUUUUCCAAACCUGGAAAAAGAGCGAUUAUUGUGCUUGAGAAUAGUGAUGAAUCAGCAAUUGUCUCCAGCUUAGCAUUAUCCAAUCUCUCAGAGCCAGAGUUUUCUAUAUAUCGGGUUAUUAAAGAUUUCAGUUCUACACUUUAUAAGGAUAACAGAUACAAUUUUGUAAAAGAUAUACACAUAAGUAAAUGGAGUUCUCUAUUUUCGAUUGGAUUCAGACGAUUUCCAGAAAUAUGUACAGAGGCUUCAUAUAUUCCGUGUGCUGGACAGUUCAGAUGUUCUUCUAGUAAGCAAUGUAUACCACUUGAACAAGUCUGUGAUGAUGUCAUUAAUUGCCCAAAUGGUGAUGAUGAGCGACUGUGCGAUUCUAUAUGUCCUUUGAAAUGUAAUUGUAAUGGUGAUGUAAUCAAUUGCAGGGCCGCCGACAUAUCCAUGUCUGAUAUAUCAUCAGCGACAAUACAAGUUAGGCGUGCUGAUCUAAGUAACAAUCCAAAAAUAAAAGAAAUACACAAAGGACAUUUAAGUUUCCCUUACAUGUUACGACUUAAUAUUUCGUCAUGUGACAUUAGUGUUAUUGAUAAAGAGGCAUUUUCUCACUUGAAUAAUCUGUUAUCGCUAGAUCUUAGCAAUAAUAAAAUACAGAAUUUACCUGAUAUGGUAUUUAGCAAACUUCGUCAUCUGACCCAAUUGAAACUAGAUAAAAACUUUGAACUGACGAAGAUUUCAUCAACAGCAUUCAGAGGAUUAAAAGCAGUAAGAAGUUUAAUCAUUUCAGGCACAAACCUGAGAAAGAUUAGCUCACUAACAUUCUCUGAUUUACAAUUAAACAUUUUAGAUAUUUCUGACAACAAAAUUGAAGAAAUUGAAAAUUACGCUUUUAACAACUCUAUUAUUCAUAAAAUAAACUUUGAAGGCAAUAAUGUGAGAAAAUUCGGAAAAAAUAUGUUUAACGGCGUAACAUCACUACGUGAGCUUCAUACACCUGCAUUUAAAUUCUGUUGUAUCCGACCUUGUUAUGUUCCUGAAGAAAAUUGCAAACCAUUAAAGAAUGAAUUUUCUUCAUGUGACGAUCUGAUGAGAAACUCCGUUCUUCAAGCAAUUCUUUGGAUAGUUGGGGUAGCAUCGUUAUGCGGAAAUCUAUCGUCAAUCAUAUACCGUCUUGUCUACGAUCGUGCAAGACUUAAGAUAGGAUAUGGCAUAUUUGUAACUAACCUGGCAGUUGCAGAUUUCCUUAUGGGUGUGUACCUGAUCAUUAUAGCAGUUGCUGAUUCACUCUACAGAAACAGAUACAUUUUUAAGGAUGAUCAAUGGAGAAACAGCAAUUGGUGUAUUUUUGCCGGGGUUUUGUCUACAGUUUCAUCUGAAGCUAGCGUUUUCUUUCUUUGCUUGAUUACAUUAGACCGACUUUUGGUAAUAAAGUUUCCAUUUGGUGCAGUGAGAUUUGAACCUGCGAAGGCUUAUAUCUGCUGCGGAAUAUGCUGGUUUAUUUCCAUAACUCUGUCGAUCAUCCCAAUUCUUUACACAAGUCACUUCCAAAACCAAUUCUACUCUAAAACAGGAGUAUGCAUUGCAUUGCCUUUAACACGAGAUAAACCACCAGGUUGGAUAUAUUCCGUUUCAAUUUUUGUUGGACUGAAUUUUUGCACUUUCAUUCUUGUUGCCAUCGGACAAAUAUCAAUAUUCACAGAACUUCGACGAGCAACAUCAGUUAUAAAGAAGACACAACAAUCAAGAAAACGUGAUUUGAAAGUUGCUAGAAAUCUUAUCCUUGUUGCAACAACUGAUUUCCUAUGCUGGUUUCCAAUAGGAGUAAUGGGUAUUUUAGCAUUGAAUGGAUAUCCGAUUCCAAGUGACGUAUAUGCAUGGUCAGCCGUUUUCAUAUUACCAAUUAACUCUGCCCUUAACCCGUUUCUGUAUACAGUGACAGCUAUAGUUGGAAAGAAGAGUUUUAAUCCAAGCAUUGAUGAGCAGAGUCGGACGAUGGUCCAGAAAGGUACAUACGUGUCAUCAGUUUUGAAUUUAUCAUCAUUGUAUUUUGUUUUUCCCUUGCUUUUUUGUAUAGCAAAUUGCUAUAAUAGUUAG